CUCAAUACAAAAAUGAAUAAAUAAUUAAUGUUACCUUUACAUGUAGCGUCGUGUGUUCUAGAAUUAGGCUAUAUUUGAACGCUACACUCUCCUAAAUGUCCUAAAAGGUGUUGGGUUUGGCAGAGGAUGGCUAAAGAUGAGGUGAAACCUCUAUUUUACAUAUAUAUCUUUUUAUAGCGUGAAAUGAUAGCGAGUUAUUGAAUCAUUAACUAGUGAUUGAUUUAAUAAUACUAAUUCACGCCACUACUCUGUGUUUCUUAAUUUUGCGAUACAUUUGUUGAUUCAGCUUUGAUCGGAACUGUUUUCGAUAUAGUGAAGCACAAAUAUAGACAAAGGAAUCAUCAAAUUUAGGUAUUGAACAGAUACAUUUAGUAUACAUAGCCGUCAUGCAAAUACUUGGUAAAUCCAUAGUUACCAUAGUUGGUUUUGCUGCACUAACCAUAUCUUAACCAUGGUAUUUAUAGUAAAACUGUUAGUCAAUACGCCAAAUAAAUAAAUAAAUAAAGUUACUAAACUUCUAUUAUAGUAAAACCAUGGUUAAUUUUCGUAAAGGGUUGUACAGGCAAGCAGAUGAACCCAGAAUAUAAACGCAACGCGUUUUAAAGUUUCACAUUAAGUUUGGCGUUCAUAUUCUGGGCUCAUACUUGUCUGUAUAAAUUUGCAAUAUUAAUACUGAAUUUUAUCUUUUAACAUCGCUCUUUUAAUACAUUAAGCUCUUUAAUUGUUUUCCAGUAAUUUAAGUAUUGCGGCAGGUUAUUAUGACUACAAAUGGCCAAAACUGUCAUUGACAAGCUUGUGUUGCAGUUUUAUGGACAUUUCCCACCAGGUCUUCCAGUCAGUCACGUGACUAAAAAAUAUGAGAGAGACGAAAAUGGCUGUUUGGUUCGACAGUCAAAAUGUACAGUCAUACAAAUUAAAAUUACGAUCGUUGCGCUACAUCGCUAAUUGUUGGUGGGAAAAGUAGCUAGCACUGGAAAAUUUUCGGUUUAAUUUCCUCGUUAUCCAUUUAUUUUGCAUUUAGAUCGCAGAAUCAUGGUUAAAGUGGAUUGUUACAGGUGUGAACAGUGUUGGGAAGGUUACUUUGGAAAUGUAAUAGGUUACAGAUUACAAGUUACUUGAUUUAAAAUGUAAUAAGUAGUGUAACUUUUCAGUUACUUUAUAAAAGUAAUAACUUAUUACUUUGAAUUACUUUUUGAUUACUUUUCUAAAUUACUAAUAUUGUCAACUGCUAAUCAUUUUGAAACAUUUAAACCAGGCAGAGUGAACAUUACAGUAGCACUCAACACUGAUUACUGUCAGACUUUCAAAAUCCUUCAUCACUUGAAUUAAAAUGAUAAUAAGUAAGGGAUAACAUCCAUCUUUAUUUUGCGUUAACAACUGGCUACAUUAUCAACAACAUUAUCCAACUUAUUACACAGCUGCUUGAUGGAUUAUUUAGAUGUUUUGUGUCAAAAUUAUUAGACAUGAAACACUGAUCUGAGUUGAAAUAUCUGAACGCAAAGCUUCCAUGAAGAAAUCAGUUGCUAGCAAAUGGCAAGUUCAAACUAGACAUUUUAGGGAUACAGUGCAGUCAUACCUAUUUUCUUACACAACAUUUCACCACAUAAAUAUCUAAGGAAGUAGUACUAGUUUGUUAGUUAUCUUAUAAUCCAUUACAAUGUACAAAAAAACAAAAAAAAGCUGCAUUUGUAUGAAACAAUAGAGCGAGUCCACGAUACCAGGAUGACAGAAUUAAGAAAUUGUCCACAUAAUAUUGAAUUAAGCUUUAAUAUUUUAUUAGCUAAGCAAACACAAAGCUGACUUAAGUUAUUAGCUCCUACCAGUUGCUAUUGGGGAAUAACAUACCUUGGAAUGUCAUGACUGACCAAUCAGAUUUUGAAAUCAAAUGUUUGCAUAGUUACGACAGAAAACACUAGCAUCUAACAAUGCUUUGGAAAAAACUUAAAAAAUAAAAAAAUCUUAAAAAAUAAAGUUUAUGCAUAAACCCAAAUAGGAAAUAAAACAGUUAUCGAAUAAGCAUGUGUCCUAUUCUGUGUCCUAAACUCCUGAAACAUUGGUGUCUCAUUUUAGAGCAGUCAAUGCAAUUUAUGAAAGAAGUCAAUUAAAUCUGUAAGUGGGGGUGGGUCUGUGAAAAAAUUCAGAUGUAAUCCCCUUUGUAAUCACUGGCAUUUUUCAAAAGUAACUGAAACUUAAUUACACAUUUUUUUUCUCAGUAACUGUAAUAAUUACAAUUACAUUUAUUUUGUAAUUAAAUUACGUAAUUCCGUUACUUGUAACUAGUUACUCCCCAACACUGGGUGUGAAUAUAUAUAUACACACACACACACACAUUAUAUGAUAUCAAUUGGUAAAAAUACACUUUAUAAACUAUGUAUACACACUUAUUUUGGCAUUUUCCCCCAGACCAUAUUAGUAUAUUCUGGUAAUGUUGAUCGGAUGGACCACGGCCAGCCUGGACUGUCCUUGCCCCUGGUUUAAACAUGGGCACAUUUGGCAAAUUUAAAUCUUAUGUAAUAAUAAUCAACCUCUGGCAGAAGAAACUGAAGAAACACCCAGUUACAUUCAACUCAACGUAAUCAACUCUUUGUUUAGCGAACAGCUGUAUAAAAACAAUUAUCACAAAUUUAGUUAACAGUCAACCUGUUUAGUUAAUGUCAACCUGCGGCUUCAUGACAUCACAGCUGUGCUGAUAUUCAGACCAGGAUUCUUUGGUCAUGUGACACUGGGUAAGAGUACAGGCUGUGACUGUGAUUGACAGGAUCAUGUUGCAGCCCUGAACAUUCUUUAACUCCAUAGUAACACUUCCUCGUUGUUGUUAAGCGACUCUUCAGGUAAAUCUUGAUUCGCAGCUUUAAGAAUGAAGAGUGAUCAGUGGAACCUGGUUUCUCGACAUUCAGUAAGCUUUGGCUGACAAGCAAGAGAAGACGUGCAAAGACGAUACUCUUUUUAUUUUCAAAGAUGCCAAAACCCGCUAAUGUGAUGAUAACCGUGCCAGUAUACCAGCAACGGCAGUAUGAAGUCUCCAAGUUCCUGAAGACCAAGCCGCUCGCUUUGGGGAUUUUGGAAAUAUUGCUAGGCCUAUUGGGACUCUGUUUGACGAUCUGGAAUGGUCGUUUUUUUAUCCUCUGGUCACCAAUCAGUUUCAUUUUAACUGGAGUUACAACAGUCUCAGCAGCAAGCACAUGUAAACUGUGUUUGGUCAAAUCAUCACAAAUGCUCGGCUAUUUAAAUGCAGGAGCAGCUGCUCUGUCUCUCCACUUUCAUUUUUAUUACACUGGGGGUGUGACUUGCUUUCUCCUUCUGGCCUGUGAUAUUCUCAUCUUCAUCUUCUCUGUUACUGUUGCUUUAACCUCCUGUUUCUGCUGCUGCAGACCAAAGACAAGACGUGUCGAGAUCAGUUAUAUGAACGGAGAUUUGCCUGUCAACCAUAUUGUGCUAACAGGCCAGUCGGACUCCUCUGUUAGUUCAGUCAUGUACUUGCUGCCAGCAGCACAUGGCUCAGUCCCAUCUGCGCCUCUGCCAAAUUACAGUCCAGUACCAAAUGUACCUCCACCAGCCUACGACCAGGUCUCAUAUGCACCUCCAUCAAACUACGGUCCAGUCCCAAAUGAACCUCCACCAGCAUAUGAGUAUGAAGAUUUACAGACCAGAAGAUAAACUAGAUCACAGACACAAACAGGGACAUUUUAUAUUUACACAAUCUAUGUUACUGGAUUAUGGUAAAUGUGGAAAAUAUAUAUUUAUAACUGUGUAGAUAAUGUAUAAAUAAUUAUAAUGUUACAAUACAAAUAAAUUAUUUUUUAAAACCGAAUCUGUGAAUGCAUGUUGUAAAGGAAUUUUGUCGUAGAAAAACCAGAAAUAAAACCAGUGAUAAAAGUCAUGAAAAA